ACACGACACUCCCUCGUUGCAACCUUAGACUCAUCGUAUCCACACCAGAGAAGAGAAGGAGAGAAAGAAAUGUCUAAGGAACAAGCGUUCGUCGGCUCCAUUGAUCAAGGCACAACCAGCACCCGCUUCAUCAUCUACGACCGAUCCGCCCGACCUGUUGUAUCGCACCAGAUCGAGUUCACCCAGUUCUACCCUCACCCCGGAUGGGUGGAGCAUGAUCCGGUGGAGAUUCUGGAGAGUGUGAAGGUCUGUGUGAGGAAGGCAGUCGACAAGGCCACCGCCGAUGGCCUCAACGUCGACGGCUUACUCAAAGCCAUUGGUAUCACUAACCAGAGAGAGACCACUGUGGUUUGGAGCAAAUCCUCUGGGCUGCCUCUCUACAACGCUAUUGUUUGGAUGGAUGCUCGCACUACCUCCAUCUGCAGGAAAUUGGAGAAAGAAUUACCAGGCGGGAGAACUCAUUUUGUUGAGACAUGUGGUUUGCCGAUAAGCACUUACUUUAGUGCAAUGAAGCUGUUGUGGUUGUUGGAGAAUGUGGAGGCUGUUAAGGAAGCAGUAAAGAGCGGGGAUGCGCUGUUUGGAACUGUUGACAGCUGGUUGAUAUGGAACAUGACGGGAGGGGUGGGGAAAGGUUUACAUGUCACUGAUGUGUCUAAUGCGUCGAGGACUAUGUUGAUGAAUCUUAAAACUCUGGAUUGGGAUAAGCCAACGCUGGAGUUAUUGGGAAUUCCUGCAGAGAUUUUACCAAAAAUUGUUAGUAACUCUGAGAUUAUAGGAAACAUUGCUAAGGGAUGGCCGAUUACUGAUAUCCCAAUAGCGGGAUGUCUUGGAGAUCAGCAUGCAGCAAUGGUCGGGCAAGCUUGCCGAAAAGGUGAAGCAAAAAGCACUUAUGGAACUGGGGCGUUCAUACUUCUUAACACAGGUGAGAAGACAAUUAAGUCGACUCACGGGCUUUUGAGCACUUUAGCUUAUAAGCUGGGGCCAAAAGCUCCAGCCAAUUACGCUUUGGAGGGCUCGAUCGCCAUUGCUGGUGCUGCUGUUCAGUGGCUCAGGGAUAGUCUCAACUUAAUCAGCAGCGCAAGUGAGAUUGAGCAGCUGGCGUUGAAGGUGGAAUCAACCGGGGGAGUUUAUUUUGUGCCAGCUUUUAAUGGGUUGUUUGCUCCGUGGUGGCGUGAUGAUGCUCGGGGAGUUUGUAUUGGAAUCACGAGGUUUACAAACAAGUCUCACAUUGCUCGAGCUGUUCUUGAGAGCAUGUGUUUUCAAGUUAGAGAUGUGCUGGAUUCAAUGCACAAGGAUGCUGGGGAUAAAGGGGAGGUUAAAAAUGAUCGAGGGGAAUUCGUUCUUAGAGUUGAUGGUGGUGCUACUGUUAACAAUCUUCUAAUGCAGAUUCAGGCGGAUUUGUUGGGUAGUCCAGUGGUGAGGCCAGCGGACAUAGAGACAACAGCCCUCGGGGCAGCAUAUGCUGCUGGAUUAGCUGUUGGGAUCUGGACAGAAGACGAAAUAUUUUCCUGCGGUGAGAAAAUGAAGAAGGACACCAUUUUCAAACCAGCGAUCGAGGAAGAAGUGAGGAAGAAGAAGGUGGAUUCUUGGUGCAAAGCUGUUUCAAGAACUUUCGACUUGGCUGAUCUAUCUUUGUAACUGAAUUCUCUUCUUUUUCUUUCAGUACUCGAACAUCCUUGUUUAUAUCAGUUACAAUGUUUUCCCAUUACCUCAAGACAACUGUUGGUUUUUGACUAUAUAUAUAUAUAUAUAUAUAUAGUAGCAAUAACAGAACUAGUUUUUAACUUUCAA